GAGAUGUCCUGGACAGGGAGUGAAGCUCUCUGCCCCUGCGCUGCCCCGAGCUUGCUGUGCCGGCUGGUGCUGCGCACCUGCUUCUCUCUCUCAUCCAUUCCACUGCUCUGCUCCGUGCUCUUGCCUGCAGCAGCGCCGUCCGACCUGCUGGAGCUCUGUGUGCUACAGUCCUGUGCCAGGGAAGAGCCCGGUGGGCUGUGGGCCAGGUGCUGGGGCUCCCUGCAAACACCAGGCUUCUCCAUUGUGCCGCCCUUCAGCUUGCUUGUUCUAAGGUUUGUUUUGAUUACAAGUUUGGGUUAUGUUAGGGAUAAAAGAAAAAUUGCUGUGUCUCAUUUGAAGCGCCUAGGAGAGAUUUUACACUUUUGAAAUCCGAUGGGUGGGUGGAAUGCGUUUUCACAAAGCUUGGAUCAUCCUUGCAGGGUGGGCUUCCAGGUUGUCUCCCCACACCAUGGGCUGGUGGUAGCUCUGGCUGGACCCAAGGAGAUGAGAAACCCAAGGCCCAGCCCCCGGGGAGGGGACGUCAUCUCACCCAGACCCCUAGCUUUUAUUCCUGACUCCCUGUCAACUCGUUCUACAGGGUAUAACGCUAUCCGCCUGCUCAGGGCCAGGCUGCAGAGGCGCCAAAUGGAAGAGCCCCCUUCUCCUGUCUGGUGCAUGGAGUUUACACAGCAAGCCCCAUCCCACAGAGGUGCAGGGCCUGUGGCUGAGGGCACUGGCCUGGACUCAGCCGCCUUCCUAGUCCCCAAGGAGCCACCCACGGGAGCAGGUGUUGGAGCUGUGUCUGGAGAGCCAGGUGUCAGCACCUGCCUGCCAGGGCCAGUGAUAGGACACGAGGUGGGGACAGGUCUCGAAUCUGGCGGGCCAGAGGCGUGCUGAACUGUCUGGCAUCCCCACGCAUGCUGGCUCCGUGGCCGGCGCCAAUUUGCAUUUUGUUCAGCAAACUCAGAACUCCAGCGACUCGCCAUCUGCCUGCCGCUGGCUGGUGGCCACACAGGGAGCCCGGGUGGACGGACGGGGGCUGAGGACCCAAGCUCCCUGGGGAGAGCUGGAGAGGGCUCAGGUACUCUCCAGAGCAAGUUUUCCAGCCCCUCUUCUGAUCCUUCCUCCGUUCUGAAGCAAAGGACGUAAACGCCAGGUUACGCGGGGUUCUUGCCAGCACUGAGAAGGGAAACCAGUGAAUGCGCGAGUCCCAUUAAGAAAAUCCUAAAACGUGGGCCUUAUCACCACCACAGCAUAAUGCAGUGACGAUGCCCACCCGAACCUCCCGGGCCACCCAGCAUCCCUUCCCGCCAAGGCUGGCAAGAACGAACCGCUGCUCCUGCUCCAAACGGCUGUCACAUCCGAGUCGGCUGCUUUCCCUGGCCUGGAGUUCCCGCAGUGAAUGUCCAGUCUGAAUGGACGCAGCUCUCUCCCUCCUCCCUCGUCCAGCUGCCUCUGCAGUAUUCAGUGCAACAAAGCAUCGCGUGGACGCCUACUGUGUGCAGGGUUUGGGUCGGAGGCGCUGUAAACUACCCAAGUGCUCCCAGGCCAGUCCAUCUCUUUGCAGAGCCAAUGGGCUGGGGAGGGAGCGGAGAUUUAUAGGCCAAGGCUGCCGGCCGACCUUGUCCGCGGCAAAGACUCAUUUCAGCACGCUUCUCUUCCAAGCGAUUAUUUGCUGUUUGUGCCGCUUGGACUUGGCACGCGUCUGCGAUUCCUUUCACCGAAGAGGAGACAGGAACCUUGAAGUCCGGGCUCUGUUCCCCUGCGAAAAGCCUCCGCGGCCCACCGAGAUGUCCCGGCACCACAGUCGCUUCGAAAGAGAGUACCGGGUGGGCUGGGACCGGCGCGAGUGGAGCGUGAACGGCACACAUGGGACCACCAGCAUCUGCAGCGUCACAUCUGGGGCUGGGGGUGGCACAGCCAGCAGCCUCAGCGCCCGGCCCGGCCUCCUGCCGCUGCCCGUGGUACCCUCCCGGCUGCCCACACCCGCCACGGCCCCGGCGCCCUGCACCACUGGCAGCAGCGAGACCAUCACCAGCCUUGUGGCCAGCUCUGCCUCUGCAGUCACCACCAAGGCUCCCGGCAUCUCCAAAGCGGACAAUCAGUCCCAGGGGCUGGCAACCAGCAUCCGGUGGGGGCAGACGCCCAUCAAUCAGUCCACGCCCUGGGACACCGACGAGCCACCCUCCAAACAGAUGCGGGAGAGCGACAAUCCAGGCACAGGGCCAUGGGUGACCACGGUAGCCGCCGGGAGCCAGCCCGCCCUGAUUGCACACUCCUAUGGAGUGGCCCAGCCUCCUACCUUCAGCCCGGCCGUGAACGUCCAGGCCCCGGUCAUCGGGGUGACCCCCUCACUGCCUCCCCACGUGGGGCCCCAGCUCCCGCUGAUGCCGGGCCACUACUCACUCCCGCAGCCGCCCUCCCAGCCGCUGAGCAGUGUGGUGGUCAACAUGCCUGCCCAGGCCCUGUACGCCAGCCCUCAGCCCCUGGCCGUGUCUACACUGCCCGGUGUGGGCCAGCUGGCACGCCCAGGACCUGCUGCUGUGGGCAAUGGCCACAUGGCAGGGCCCCUGCUGCCACCCCCGCCGCCGGCCCAGCCGUCUGCCACUCUUCCCAGCGGUGCCCCCGCCACCAAUGGGCCUCCCACCGCCGACUCGGCCCACGGGCUGCAGAUGCUGCGCACCAUUGGCGUGGGGAAGUAUGAGUUCACCGACCCGGGGCACCCCAAAGAAAUGUUGAAGGAGCUGAACCAACAGCGCAGAGCCAGAGCCUUCACAGACCUGAAACUUGUUGUUGAAGGCAGAGAGUUUGAAGUCCACCAAAAUGUUCUAGCUUCCUGCAGCUUGUAUUUCAAGGACCUGAUUCAAAGGUCCGUACAAGACGGCAGCCAGGGCGGCCGGGAGAAGCUGGAGCUGGUCCUGUCGAACCUGCAGGCCGAUGUGCUGGAGCUGCUGCUGGAAUUCGUCUACACGGGCUCCCUGGUCAUCGACUCCGCCAACGCCAAGACGCUGCUGGAGGCGGCCAGCAAGUUCCAGUUCCACACCUUCUGCAAAGUCUGUGUGUCCUUUCUCGAGAAGCAGCUGACCGCCAGCAACUGCCUGGGCGUGCUGGCCAUGGCCGAGGCCAUGCAGUGCAGUGAGCUCUACCACAUGGCCAAGGCCUUCGCGCUGCAGAUCUUCCCCGAGGUGGCGGCCCAGGAGGAGAUACUCAGCAUCUCCAAGGACGACUUCAUCGCCUACGUCUCCAACGACAGCCUCAACACCAAGGCUGAGGAGCUGGUAUACGAGACGGUCAUCAAGUGGAUCAAGAAGGACCCUGCGUCGCGGGCACAGUAUGCCGCGGAGCUGCUGGCCGCCGUCCGCCUGCCCUUCAUCCACCCCAGCUACCUGCUCAACGUGGUAGACAAUGAGGAGCUGAUCAAGUCGUCAGAAGCGUGUCGGGACCUGGUCAACGAAGCCAAGCGUUACCAUAUGCUGCCCCACGCCCGCCAGGAGAUGCAGACGCCCAGAACCCGGCCCCGCCUCUCGGCAGGCGUGGCCGAGGUCAUCGUUUUGGUUGGGGGCCGUCAGAUGGUGGGGAUGACCCAGCGCUCACUGGUGGCCGUCACCUGCUGGAACCCACAGAAUAACAAGUGGUACCCCUUGGCCUCGCUGCCCUUCUAUGACCGCGAGUUCUUCAGUGUCGUGAGCGCCGGGGACAACAUCUACCUCUCGGGUGGGAUGGAGUCAGGCGUGACGCUGGCUGACGUCUGGUGCUACAUGUCCCUGCUCGACAACUGGAACCUCGUCUCCAGGAUGACAGUCCCCCGCUGCCGGCACAACAGCCUGGUCUACGAUGGGAAGAUCUACACCCUCGGGGGGCUUGGCGUGGCCGGCAACGUGGACCACGUGGAGAGGUACGACACCAUCACCAACCAGUGGGAGGCAGUGGCCCCUCUGCCCAAGGCAGUGCACUCGGCAGCGGCCACCGUGUGUGGCGGCAAGAUCUACGUGUUUGGGGGGGUGAACGAGGCCGGCCGGGCAGCGGGCGUCCUCCAGUCCUACGUCCCACAGACCAACACGUGGAGCUUCAUCGAGUCCCCAAUGAUCGACAACAAGUACGCACCUGCCGUCACCCUCAACGGCUUCGUGUUCAUCCUGGGCGGGGCUUACGCCAGAGCCACCACCAUCUACGACCCUGAGAAGGGAAACAUUAAGGCAGGGCCGAACAUGAAUCACUCCCGCCAGUUCUGCAGUGCCGUGGUGCUGGAUGGCAAGAUUUACGCAACCGGGGGCGUCGUGAGCAGCGAGGGGCCCGCCCUGGGCAACAUGGAGGCCUACGAGCCGGCCACCAACACGUGGGCCCUCCUCCCCCACAUGCCCUGCCCCGUGUUCAGACACGGCUGCGUCGUGAUAAAAAAGUACAUCCAGAGCGGCUGACCUGGGCCGGAGCCCGCCACGGGGCUGCGCACGGGUCUUCAGCCACACCACGAAGAGGCCGACAAGACACAAUCCAGGAACUCACUGCACUAAACAUUUCGAAUACUGUCUACAUUGAAUGUAGGAAAUCAUCCUCGCCUCCGAACAGCAGGAACCGCGAGCAGGCCGCCGCGCCGGGCUCGCCGGCUCCUGCCGAGGCGCUCGCUCUGCCCGGUGCAAUAGAGUUCACGUUAUUUUUUCAACUGGGAGAGAGAAGCCGGUUUUGGUUUUUUGGUUUUUUUCCCCCCUUCCCGCAGAGCAAGCUUGAUCCUUGAACCACCAUAGGUCAGUUAUCCUAGGACGCUAUUAGGCAUCAGGCUCUCUUGGAAUAAGAUCAAAGUGUCCUUAUCACUUUGAUUCCUACUUUUGUUUUUUAACCACUCUACACUGUCGGUGGCCGAGAGAAAACGAGGGACGGUGCCGUGCAGCACGAGGCCGAGGGGGCUGCUGGUCCCCACCGGGGACGGAGGAGAAGUGCAGCCGCCCGGUGCAGAGCCGUGGGUGGCGGCCCCAGGGCCCGGCCGGCUGGGGACAGCUGUGUGCGUGCCUCGCAGGUUUCCCCCCGUCACUGCGAUGCAGUUCUGCUGCGGGAGGACGAGGGGACUGUGCUGGCUUUCUCUUACCCGCUAUGAAUUAUUUAGAUUUCCAAGGCAUUUUCUUGAUAAACAAGAGGCUAUUUUUAAGUACAGAGAGGAGGAGGCCCCGGCGGGAGGACCGUGUGGGAAUUCCCAAAGCUCUUUGCGGGUGGGGCCGGGGUGGGGGGCGUUUGCUCUCUGUUUUUCUAUGUGCAGAAUAGAGGAUCUCUCCUGGGGUGGGCAAUGCCCCCUGUUUAUUUUUUAGAAAAAGUAACUCCCAGACAGCCCCCACGAAAGCCGUGCCUCGUGGAGGCAUCGUCAGAGGACGAAGAGUGUUCCAAAAGGGACACGCUCUGGCUCGCGACACGUGUCCAGCUCCCUCCACGAGGUAAAGCUGAGGGCCUAGGCCAGUGGGCAGGGAAGGCGGGCGGGCGGGCGGGAGAAGACGCGCCUACAGAGCACAGGAGACUAUUUUUGAUAUUCAUAGCUAUAUAUUGAGGCACCUGCCGUACAGCUCUCAGGAGGGGGAUGAGCCAUGACAGCCGAGGCCCGAGGGGCAGGAGCAGGAGCCCUCUUCUUGUUGCAAACUCGCCUGAGGAAAGGGACGCCAGGAGGGAGUCCACGGCGCGGCUCGGAAGAGAAAGGCCUGCCCGCCGGUCCUUCAGCCUCCAAACCUCACCGGGUGCCCGGUUCCACCCCAGGACAGGGAGAACGCCGCCGCCGCGCUGUUCAGUUGAAGUUGGUACCAAAUAUGCAUUUACCAUUUUUCUAUCUGGGAAGUCAACUUGCCACCGUGUCACGCUGAGGGCCGUCUCUAGGGAGACCAAGACAGGACGCACUGGCCCCCCACCCCCGCCCCCGCCCGCCGGCUCACAGGCCGGGCGUCCGCGUCCAGCAGCACCGCAAGUGUGGCUCCCCCUUGGACAAGAUCCCAAGCUUCGUUAUGCAGUUUUUAAUAUUAUUUAUUAUUUUAAAAAAAAGUAAUAAGCACAAAACUACAUACAUUGUAUGUCAUUUAAAGUAUUUAUGUCAAACAGGGUGCAAGUGUGAACCCAAGGAUUGGAGCACAAGUUUCUAACUGCCUGGGGCAGGGCUAGCGCUAGCCUUGCUGUGCGUCUGCCUCCGAAGGAGGUGCUACUGGUCAGCGAGACUCAGCGCGGAUGACGUCACAAUUCCGUUUCUCUGCUCACCGAUCACACUGGAGCAAAACUGGCUGUUUCUGUGAAUGAUAGAAAACAGGGUUCUCUGUAAUGGUAUUGUACAUAGUAUAUGUUUAUUGUUAAGUUCUUGUUAUAUUAUAAUAAAUAUAUUUAUAGAUCUAGA